AAGGAAGAUGAAGAAGAAAAAGGUGUUCAACCUGGCCAAGGGUUUCCGAGGCAGGGCGAAGAACUGCAUUAGAAUCGCGAGGGAGAGGGUCGAGAAGGCCCAGCAGUACUCCUACAGAGACCGCCGCAACAAGAAGCGUGAUAUGCAGUCUCUCUGGAUCCAGCGCAUCAACGCCGGCACUCGCUUCCACUCAGUCAAUUACGGUAACUUCAUGCACGGGUUGAUGAAGGAGAACAUCCAGCUGAACUGGAAAGUUCUGUCAGAAUUGUCCAUGCAUGAGCCACUUAGCUUCAAGGCCCUUGUGGACAUCUCCCGUAAUCCUUCCUUGGGAACAAGAAUGUGGUUCAUCCUCCCAGGAAGGUAA